GCGGCCAUCGCCCCGCCGCCGCGGAAACUGGCGGAGAGCGAGAGGCGACGGGCGUUCAGCCCUGGGAAACUUAUUACAUUAAACUGUUUAAAAAAACCAUUAACGGACUGCGUGGGAAGCGUGGAGAAGAGGAAGCCGAAACCCGAUGGUUCUAAAGACGCAUUUGUGUACCUGCGGCACAAACACGCGGAUUGUAAAGAUCGACAAGUCCACGCUCGCCUCCCUCAAGGCUCGGAAGCAGGAGCUGUUGACCAUCUCCAAUGCGUCUGUAGGAGAGCGCCCGCCGUCCCCUCCUCGCACGGCCCCCCCCACCAUGAAGUCGGCCGAGUUCUUCGACAUGCUGGAGAGGAUGCAGGUCCCAAAAACGGAGGAGCAGAAAUCAGGGACCCAGAAAAACAAGGAUGACUACAUCCCCUACCCACGGAUUGAAGAGAUCCUGCAGAAGGGGGGGCCAUACUCGCUGGUGAUCCUGCCCCAGUUUGGGGGGUACUGGAUCGAGGAUGCAGAGAACGUGGGGACCCCUACCUCCUCGGACAGCAGCUUCUACGAGGAGGACGACGGGGGGCUGAGCCCGGUGGCCUUUGGGUACAAGCUGGAGUGCAACGGCACUGUGCGGGCCUACCGCAGGCACUUCCUGGGCAGGGAGCACCUAAACUUCUACUGUACGGGCAGCAGCCUGGGAAACUUGAUCCUCUCCCUGAAGUACGAGGAGGCAGAGGGCCAGGAGUACCUGCGCAUCAUCCUCAGGUCCAGGACUAAAACCCUGCAUGACAGGAUCUCCCUGGCAGAGCUGAGCAAGCUGCCCAGCGUCCCGCAGAUCGCAAAGUUGCUGUGCGAUGACGUCACUGGACUGAAGUUCAACCCUGUGCUAUACCCCAGAGCCUCACAGCUAAUAGUCACCUAUGAUGAACAUGAGGUGAACAACACGUUCAAGUUUGGAGUGAUAUACCAGAAGUUUGGACAAAUUUCGGAGGAGGAACUCUUUGGGAAUAAUGAGGAGAGUCCAGCCUUCACAGAGUUUCUGAAUGUGCUGGGAGACAGGAUUGAGCUGCAGGACUUCAAGGGGUUCCGGGGCGGGCUGGACGUGGCGCAUGGCCAGACAGGGACGGACUCCGUGUACACAGUCUUCAGGGAGAAAGAGAUCAUGUUCCACAUCUCCACGAAGCUGCCCUACACAGAGGGCGACGCACAGCAGCUACAGAGGAAGCGCCACAUUGGGAACGACAUCGUGGCGGCCGUCUUCCAGGAGGAAAACACACCCUUUGUUCCUGACAUGAUCGCCUCCAACUUCUUGCAUGCCUACAUCGUGGUCCAGGUGGAAAACCCCUGCACAGACCACACCACCUACAAGGUGUCAGUCACUGCGAGGGAGGAUGUACCUUCCUUCGGCCCGCCCCUGCCCAACCCACCUGUAUUCAAGAAGGGUCCUGAGUUCCGGGAGUUCCUGCUCACGAAGCUCAUCAAUGCUGAAAACGCCUGCUACAAGUCAGACAAGUUUGCCAAGCUGGAGGGGCGGACACGGGCGGCGCUGCUCGACAACCUGCACGACGAGCUGCACCGGCAGACUCAGGCCAUGCUGGGGCUCGGCUCAGACGACGACAGGAUGGAGAACGGUAGCCACGGUGGCCUCCUGGAGUCCUUCAAGCGGGCGAUGCGAGUGCGCAGUCACUCCAUGGAGACGAUGGUGGGCUCCCACAGAAAGCAGCACGGCGGAGGGGUGCCAGGCAGCCUGAGUGGGGUGAUCCCGCAGAGCAGCAACGAGUGCACCAAGAGCACCUUCACGCCGCCCGUCCUGUCAGCCAAGAGCCCCCUGAAGAGUCCGGUGAAGAGGCGCUCAGGGCUCUUUCCUCGACUGCACGCCAGCGCGGACAGCCAGAUGGACAGCAAGAGCCGCAGUGAUCAUGUCUCUGGCGCCCAGAAGACACACGAUAACAGCCACACACCCCAGGACAUGAAGUCAGAGACGUCAUCCAAUCCCAGCUCUCCGGAGAUCUGUCCCAGCAAGGAGAGGCCGUUCAUCAAGCUGAAGGACUGCAGCCGCGCCAACAUCUCGCGCUCCUCGUCCAGCACCAGCAGCUUCAGCAGCACGGCGGGGGAGAGCGAGGCGCUGGAGGAGCUGGACAGCACCAGCAGCCAGCCCUCCACAGCCUCGCCGUUCCGCGGGGACCAGUUUGUGUACAGCCCGUCUCUGAGCGGCGACAGCCAGGGACCCACCACUCCCGUCAUCAUGAGCCGCAGCCCCACAGUAGAUGUGAAAAGCAAGACAUCACCAAGAUCCAACCUGAAGUUUCGCUUCGACAAGCUGAGCCACUCGAGUGCAGGUCACUAGUGGACUGUGAGAGGAGCUGUGUCAGAGGAGAACCAGUCAGAUGAACCCCGAAGGGGCCAGCUGAGGUUGAGGAAGCCGUGGAAAGGAUUGUCGCCUCCUGCAGCCCUGGCGACUCCUGCCAGGCUCUUCCCGAAAACGUCUUCUUCCCCGUACAGUGGGGAGCGGGAGAGAUGUGGGACAAUGCUGGACCAGAAGAACGAAGAUGAGCCCUUUUUUCCCUGUCCCCCAGACACUACGGCCUCAGCAUGGCGACACGAGCGAGUUUCGCGCCAUGGCUUCAUCGUGACAUAACCUCAACGCUUCAUACAAGCUAAAUAUAUGUAGUCCCUGUAGAAUAUAAAAGCCCAGUCCGCAGUGCCUGUUGUUCCCUGCUAACACCCAGCAGGCUUGUUCUGGGUUUUAUACUGUGACUUAUCUAGCUGUGCAACACGAUGUCCCAAUCGUCACUGAAAAUGCUGAAGGGACCCCAUGCAAAGCAUCCCCUUUCUGUAAAAGCGAACUCACUUGAUUUUGUGAUUAUAUGGCAGCUAAAAAUGUGUUCCUUAUCAGGCUUUGUUCAAUAGUAGGGAUUCCCUGUUGUUAUUACAGACUUAAUACUUAACACUACAUCCUCUCAGUGACAGGAGCUGUUGCACAGAGGAUGAAGGGUCAGUCCUGAACUCGAGUGAUGGUUAUCCCAGCUGACAUUUAUUGUGAGAAUUGUGUCCUGUGCAGCUAGGAGUAUUUUAGCUAGAUUAAGUUGUACAAUCUUGGGAAUGUUAUUGGGAUUGUGUUUCUUGAUUUGGUUUGGAAAAUGUUUAGGGCUGUGUUUCUGUGCAUAGCCCUGUUGAUCUCCUGUGAGCCAGAUCUCACACUGCACCAAAUCAGUCUCAAAUCAACGCGCCCAAUUAAGUUACAAUACCACAGAGUUUGCCAGCUACACCAACACCCCCCGACUUCAGACGUUUCCUUAAAUGAUCAAACUGAAGACCUCCAAGAAUGUAAUAAGUGAACAGCUGUAAUUAGCAGGGCUUCAAUUAAGUAAAGCAAGAAGUUCUUAGCGACCGAAAACUAUGAUUCCCAGUUCUAGGAAUUCACUACCUGCAGGGGCUUUUUUGUCCUCAAGAGCCGAGGAAAAAAACUCUAGAGUUGGGUAAGUCUGAUUCAUCCUCACCUCUGACAUGUGAGUGCAGGGUCUGGCCAAAUUCUCCCUGACCAGUGAGGUGUGGCUGUUGCAGCACCAGCGCCACUGGGUUUGAGUGGGCCUGAUCUUGGGCCUGCCCCAGUACCUUGGAAAGCCUCAUAGAGACCGAGGGGGCCAGCUCACAGAUUGCACUAGUGCCUGUGAGCUAGUGGUGCUGUCAGCAAGAGUCACAUUGCCAUCCUGUAAGCCACUGGCACUGCCCUUCUUUCUGCUAGGCUAGUCCAGCUGCAGUUCGGGUGAAUCAGCAAAGGACAUUUGUCAAUUGCUAAAUAGUGGCGCAUAAAAUUAUAGAACAAUAUUUGUUUGCCAGAUGAAAAAGGGGAAACAUGAUUGGGAGUUGCAUUCCAGUAGAGUGGAGUUUGUCAUGUCAGCACGGACAUCUGUGCCGAGCUGGGGUCUCUGAGAGCGCAGGGCACACCGCCUGCUGUGGGCCAGACCCAAAACUCUAUUCGUUCUGAAAACGUGCCAGGACACCUGUGAUACCUGCCUGCUGCUGCUGAAACUGUGAAUCAGGGCCUGUUAACCUGCCUGUGGUUUCUGGAGGCAGAGCCCUUUUCUCCAAUGGACUGGACUCUCAGGAGGCCAUGUGCCAGAAUUCUGCUGUACAAUUAAAUACACAAACGCGAGGCCACUUAGAUUGACGUCACUCGUCCGCUGCAAAUCUGUUUUAACGAUUCUCAGUAACUUUUUCACACUAAAGUUCGCCAAUGCCAUCACAGCUAGCCAGGCGUGCAGCAGUUUGUAAUGUCUGCCCUGUAAGUGACUAUCUGUACCCUGUUCAGGAAACUGUUGUCAAGUGCUCAGUAUCCCACAGGCCACCGUCCUGCUUCCAGCUGUGCUGGGGCUCUGCUGCUCUCCGGCACUGUUUUAACUGGGCCCUCUUAUGGGCCUGCUGGCUGUAAAGAUGCUGGCUGUGAAAGGAUGAGUAGUUUAUAGCCAGGUGCGGCGAUAUAGUUAUCCUCAGAUGUCUGUGAUUAUCAUUUUUUCACAGUGUUCAAUACUUGAGUCUAUUCCGUGACCUGUGGGAGCACAUCCCUGGGUGUUCGAGGACUCAGGUUUCUGUUCAUGCAAUCUGACAAUACAGUAGAUUUCCCACUGAUGGUGCACAGCAGUGUUACUGAAAGGCCCACAGGACCACCAGGAGUCUCUUUCUGCAGAUCGGUCACACAGGGUAGUGGGGGCAAAGAGUUCCUUCGAGACAGAGCUGACUGCACGCGAACUAGGAAGCGAGAAUUCGGACUGCUAGGCCAGAGAAAGAUCGGAAAAUUCGCUUCACAGCUGCUGAAAAGUACAAUUCCUGCAGCGCCUUCAUACCUUGAACCACAGUAGUCAAGAGUGCAAUAUAAGAUUCAAACAUCAAGUGGAGAUACUGUAUUUUAUCACCAGAGGCUGUAUUAAAUCCAUAUAAGUGGAUUCAUAUGUGCAUUCCCGGGAAAGCGCUAAUCCUAACGUGAAGGCUGUCAGUGCCAGUCCAGUUCAGAGCGGUUCCCCUUCUGGUUCUCCAAGCCCGUUCUGAUCCACUCCUCGCCGAUCUGUGGGAUAGCAGGUCCCCAGGAGGGAAGGGGAAGAGUGUGCUGGAUGUGAUCUUUCGUCUUUCAGCCUCCAGACGGUGCUCGAGAAACCCUCCACACCUAAUAUGAUGUACAGUAUAUCGCCAAGAUUUAAUUUAUUGCCAUUUUAGCAGAUUGCCUUCUAUGUUCAUUGUGAUGUAUAAAAUGGAGGGAAUUAUUAAAUUAAGGAAUUUAAGAGAGAAUCAUGUAUAUGUAUAUUUGGUAUUAUGUAAUGUGCCCAUGCGAAAUUUGCUAUGAAAUAAAAUGUAUUUUGUGUCAA